AAAGUAUGGAUUGUGUGUAAUCAGAAUGGUUUGGGACAAAAAUAAAGAAAAGAAAAGAAAGCUGACAAGACGACACGUCGUCGUAUUCUAGUUCUGCCAAAACUUGCAAUUUCAAUCUCUCUGAUUCUUGAGAUUUUGAACGGGGCACGAUAAUGGCGACCGAGAAUGAACCGGCGAAGCUGCUUCUGCCGUACCUUCAGCGAGCCGAUGAGUUGCAGAAACAUGAACCCCUCGUCGCCUACUACUGUCGAUUGUACGCGAUGGAGCGAGGGUUGAAGAUUCCUCAGAGCGAUCGCACUAAGACUACCAACGCCCUCCUCGUUUCCCUCAUGAAUCAGCUUGAAAAGGAUAAGAAGUCAUUGAAGUUGGGGCCUGACGAUUACCUACAUGUUGAGGGAUUUGCCUUGAAUGUCUUUGCAAGGGCAGACAAACAAGAUAGAGCAGGAAGAGCUGAUUUGAAUACUGCAAAAACGUUCUAUGCUGCAAGCAUUUUCUUUGAAAUCCUGAAUCAGUUUGGGGAACUUCAGCCUGAUCUCGAGCAGAAACAGAAGUAUGCAGCAUGGAAAGCAGCAGAUAUAAGGAAGGCUUUGAAAGAAGGAAGGAAACCUGUUCCAGGUCCUCCUGGUGGAGAGAAUGAUCUUCCGGUGCCAUCAAGUACAUCUAGUGGUGAAUAUGAUCUUGGACCAAGCAGAAAUAAUUUUGCCACCCAACCCGAUCCGACCACAGUAGAUCCUGCUGUGAGAAAUGCACUAGAUUCAGCAUCAUCUCCUCGGUCAUAUGAUCGAGAAAAUUUUCAGCAUCCUACUAAUUUCUCACAACCACCUUCAAAUGUUACACCCUCACCUUCUUCAGGCAUUUCUCCUCCACCUCGUUAUCCUACUGAUGAUUAUCCAGUCGACAACCUUCAUCAACCACCUUCGACAAACAACUCCGAACAUUCUAUUUAUCAGCAGUCAUAUCACCACCAACCAUACCAGCCAGAAAUGCAGCAGCACUUACCACAACACUAUCAUUCACAUGAUGUACCCUCGUACUCAUAUCCAAAUUUCCAGUCUUACCCUAGUUUUACUGAGAGUAGUCUUCCCCCUGCUCCUUCUAAUUACCCUUCUUUUUAUCAAGGCUCUGAUGCUUCCUAUGCCAAUUCACCACAUUCUAACACGGCAGCAUAUCCAUCAACUCCGCAAUACAAUUCUAGUAGCAGAAAUGGGAGUGUUUCAGAAGUUUCUCCACCCACCACACAAAAAUAUGAGUACGAUAGCAGUUACCAGCCUCCACCUGAGAAAAUUGCUGAAGCACACAAGGCGGCUAGGUUUGCAGUUGGGGCUCUAGCAUUUGAUGAUGUUUCUGUUGCAGUUGACUAUCUGAAGAAAUCUCUUGAGUUGUUGACAAAUCCAUCAGCUGGUAACUGAGUCCUGUUAUCUUUCCGACUUGAUACUUACAAGGUUUGAUUUGUAAAGAUUUAUAGCUUGGAGUUGUUCGUCUUUGACACAUGAAUGGGGAUUGGAAUUGUAUACGUAUCUUGAAAUUGUGAGCGAAAACUUGUGAGAAACAAUAGGACUGCCUACAUUGUUUCCUUCUUUUAUUUCUUGGUUUAUUUUAUGAUGAUUGAUGUUUGUAGGGCAGUCGAAUCCCUUAUCAACACCCAAGUUGUUCUGCA